AUGGAUACAAUUAAUUAUAGAUUAGUGGAAAAUUUUCCUAAAUGUAACACAAUAAUAGAAAGCUAUAUUAAAACUAAAGAUAGUAAUAAUCAUCAUUGUACUAGUGGUGUUUUUGGCGCACAGUCAAAUUUAAUGCAGAAAUUCCAUAUUAAAAAAUGUAACGCAGCCGUGAAUUUUGCGUCUAAAAUAAAUGAAAAUUCUAAUAAAAUAUCUAGAGAUUCACUUUGCUUUUACUUAUAUUUUUGGAUAUAUAAUGAAUUAAAAUCCAUUGGUUUAUCUGGAGAAAUAAAUGCAGUUUAUAGAGAUUUGUUUUCCAUAGAAACACCUGGAAAAAAUGUUUGUAAUGUUAGAAAAUAUAGCACUAUUAUUAACGACCAAGAAAAUAAUAUACUACAAUCUAUGUACGACAUUUAUAAAGGUAUUGAUACUGUAAAAGAAUACUGUGAUUAUAUUAAUGACGAUAAAUUAUGUAAUGCAAUAAAUGUCAUUUUACAUAAAAAUAGUACGCCAAAAGAAACUGAAGUUUGUGAAAGUUGUGAAACCAUAAUAUCACACCCAUGCCAAAAUAAUAGAUCAUUUCCUAUUAUAAUUACAGUUAUUGUGAUUCUAUUAGUAUUUCUAUUUAUUUUUAUUAAGUUUACACCAUAUCGUACAAAUAUAACUCGUAGAAUAAAAAGAAUAUUAAAUAUACGAAAUCAUAUAAAUGAAGAAUGGAAUAAUAUGCAGUCAUCCGAAAUUCCUGUAAAUAUAUUAUCUGAUAUGGGAUAUAAUAUGUCAUAUAGCUGCGACUAA